CUGCCAUUCCUCGGCUGCGCGGCCGUCUCCUCCCCGCCCCCCCCCCCCCGCCUCUUCCUGGCCGCGGCGAGAGAAGCUGUGCUGGCAGCGGGGAGGCGGCGGCGGCGGCGCUCAGCUCCCUGCCCGCCAUGGCGAUCCGCAAGAAGAGCAACAAGAACCCGCCGGUGCUGAGCCACGAGUUCAUCGUGCAGAACCAUGCGGACAUCGUGUCAUGCAUGGCCAUGAUCUUCCUGUUGGGGCUUAUGUUUGAGAUUACUGCAAAAGCAGCUGUCAUUUUUGUUACACUUCAGUAUAAUGUUACCAUUCCUGCCACAGAAGAACAAUCUGCAGAAACAAUCUCUCUCUAUCACUAUGGCAUCAAAGACUUGGCUACAAUCUUCUUCUACAUGCUUGUAGCAAUAAUCAUACAUGCUGUAAUUCAGGAGUACAUACUGGAUAAAAUUAACAGGAAAAUGCACUUUUCAAAAACAAAGCACAGCAAGUUCAAUGAGUCUGGACAACUUAGUGCAUUCUACCUUUUCUCCUGUGUUUGGGGAACAAGUAUUCUUGUCUCUGAGAACUAUAUAUCAGAUCCAACCUCUCUGUGGAGGGACUAUCCACACGCUCUGAUUCCGUUUCAAAUGAAGUUUUUCUACAUCUUACAGUUGGCAUACUGGUUUCAUGCUUUUCCAGAAUUGUACUUCCAGAAAACUAAAAAAGAAGAUAUCUUUCGCCAGAUUGUCUACAUUGGACUUUAUCUCUUUCAUAUUGCUGGAGCCUAUCUCUUGAAUCUGACUCAUCUUGGACUUGUUCUUCUGGUGUUGCAUUACUUUGUUGAAUUUCUUUUCCACAUAUCCCGUCUUUUCUACUUCAGUGAUGAAAGAUACCAGAAAGGAUUUUCACUGUGGGCAGUUCUUUUUGUUUUGGGGAGGCUUCUCACCUUGAUUCUCUCGGUCCUCACUUUUGGCUUUGGACUGGCAAGAGCAGAAGAUCAGCAGCUGAAUUUCAGUACUGGAAACUUUAAUAUCCUGGCUGUUAGAAUCAGUGUGCUUGCCUCCAUCUGCAUGGCUCAGGCAUUUAUGAUGUGGAAGUUCAUCAAUUUCCAGCUUCGGAGGUGGAGAGAGCAUUCAUCUUCUCAGCCUCAGUCAGUGAAAAAGAAGUUUGUAACAGCUAAAGGAAAGAACUCCAGAAAAGAAAGAGAAAAUGGAAUAAAUGGAACAGUGACUUCAAAUGGAGCAGACUCACCUCGGAGCAGGAAGGAUAAAUCCUCGUAAAACUGGGUUUUAUUAAGUUAAUUGACUAAUAUCCCCAAAGAAUCUGCUUUUUACAUGGAUGGCCCUUCGGCACUAGCGAUGUUAUGGAUUAAAGAAAAUACAAUUCAUGUUUUUUGAUUAUUGCUGUUGUUUUGAGAAACUUUUUUUAAAAGCCAUUUUGACUAAGGAAAAGGUUUAUCUGUCUUCAAAUACUCACGGGGGUGGGGUAUACAACACUUUUUAAAUAACAUUGACACUUUUUUAAGCAUUUAUUGUGAUGAAAUAACUUCAUUUAAUGAGGAUCACUGUUGCAAUGUAGUAUUCCCUUCCAGUUUUUGUAAUCUUGGUGAUACGUACCAUUCUGCCAACUUCACUUUUUCAAGUUCUUCAAGAAGUAUUGCAAAGUUGAAGUAAAAACCUAGUAUGCAUUUUCAGAUACCCUGGCUUUUCAGUUAAAUACCUUGUUUCAAAUUUACAGUUGAAAUUGGAAUUCUGAGACCACACCAAUAAACCUCUUGAUUUUGUAGUUAUUAGCCACACAGCAUCUGCUCUAAGGACUGCCCCAAAUCAUUAAAACAACACUGAACUAAUUGGAGAUGUUACGGAGUCUUAUUGUUUGUUGAUUAGAAAUCUCUUGUGAGGAACAAAAUACCAUUUUUUUUUUUUAUAGAUAGCUUUAGCACUUGCAAAUUAGAGGGCAAGAGUGUAUGGCCGUGGAAAAGGUUUAUUUGAGUAGCACUGUUAACUCCUGUCUGUGCUUUUGAAGUGUAUGUAUCUUGGAGAUUUGGUGUGUGUUGGACCUUCUUUGAACAUGUGUCUGUCUGAUUUUAGAGGGUGGAGAUUCUUACAGUGUGGUGUUGUGAUUGUUUUAAGAGGCAUUUAAUGCUCCACGAAGAAGGGAUUUGUUAGAUAAAUGGGUCAAGUUAUGAGAAACAUUCCUUUAUUCUAACUGCUUUGCUUUGUUUCACCUCUGUUAGGAAAUAGUUUGAUUUCUGCUCUAUAUAUUUUUAUGAACAAAUAUUUAAAAGCUACAACAUCUUAAAAUUGAUUUAUUUUGCCCUUUACUAUAACUGGAAAAAUCUUAAUUUAAGAUAUUUUUCCUUUGUCUUUUGUAAUUCUAUUAAAUGUGAAGCUUUGUCCAGUUAAUUUUCCAGUUUAACAUGCAGUUAAUGUUUCCUCCGUACCUUUUUGUAAUGGGUGUAAUUCAACCCAUUUCACUUGAGAGAAUGAGUUAGAGAUUUAAUUCAGUCUUGAGAAGAAGUUGGUAAAUUAGUCUUUCAAGUCAACCCCAAUAUUGGACUGCAUAUCGAUUGAGAGGAGUAAUUAUGAGCAGUCAAGCUGAUAGAUAAAAUAGUUUUAAUUAAAAACAGUUAUUAUACUUGAGUUUAUACCCAACAAAAUAAUAAAUCUGCAUUCUGUAUCUUCUACAGUUUGGUUGUUUACUAUACAGAAUAAACAUUUCUAGUACAAAGUCUUGACUACAAGUCACUAUCCAAUCUUCAGUUGCUUAGUACUAUUUACAGUUACUGCAGUGUAAUUUGUUCUGUGUUUCAGCUAAUUUCAGACACAGUUCCUGAGUAUUUGCUUCUGAAGUGGACUUGACAGACUUGGACUUGCUUAACUUGAGUACUCUAGGGCAGCAUGCCCUGUAGUAUGCCCAGUCUGCUUCAGUGGAAGUAGCUAUACCGUAUCUUGAUUUGAAGAAGCAAAACUCAAGUGAUGAAACUGGGAAUCUAUCUGAUCUGACCAUGAAACCGGAAUAAUGGAACUCAGAAAUUUUGAGGGAAUUGCAUACAUUAAAUACUUGCUGCACAAAAUCAUGUUUCAUGUCUGUUGUUUCUAAAAGGACCUUCACAGAUGCCGUGUGCCUUCCUUUGAAGUUGUACCUUAAGCCAAAAGGUGCAAAUUUUAGGUGUUUCUAGUCUGGUACUUAGAAUCUAAGUCAGUUUGCUUGUGACAUUUACUUGUCCUGGGGCUGUCAAAAUUAUAAAAGGUGGAGGAACAAUUAUGAAAGAAGCCUUUGAGGUACUUCUUGAGAUUUUUAAGACUUUACUGGAGUCUGAGGGUUAUAAUACUUGUUUCCCUAAGGCAAACUGAUUCUUGUAAACCUUGUUCUUUGGCACAGUGAUCAUGAAAUGUAAAUCUCAAGUUCACUUCCAAGUACUUAAAAAGAGUAUGUUCUCGCCUGUUAAUUCUGACAUUUUUUUUUUUGUUACGUUUGGCCUUAUGGACACAUUUCUUGGCCUUUGGACUUUGGAAAAAAAGAGCACUUUUGCAUCCACAGUGGCUUAAUCUUCAUCCUUGCCUUACAAGAGUUGUUGCUUUCUGCAAAGUAAUAGAGAAUAAUUUCAGCUGCUCUAGAAUUUGGAUAGAGUAUUGAAAGCCAGUUACUUUUGUUUCUCGUUUCAUAACUAAAGAUACAGAUUUCUCUUCUUGGAUGAGGCAAAAGCAGUAAUUUAAUUUUCUACCUUGGGAUGGAAACACCCAUAUAUUUAGAAGAUUCUGAGACUUCUGUUUCCAGUUUGAUAUUAUUUGUUUUGGCAUGAGAUUAUUGUUUGCCUGGGUAACUUCUUUCAAAUUGCUUAAAAAUUAUUUUCCAAUGUGACUGCAUUUUGACUCUUUGUCUGUAAGCUGGAGGAAGAUUAGUUGUCUAAUCAUGUGUUCUCAAUCAUGGAAUCAGGAAAAUUUAGAAAUGGAAAUGACUGAAGCACUCAUGAUUGUAUUCCUGUGCCUAAUAAAAUAGCUUAGCCUGUAGUAGUUUCUCCUGGUUAAUUACCAGAUCCCACAGAGAAGGCUUUGUCUGUGUAGAUGGAUUUAAAGUGAGUAAUUCCUGCAGAGUGUGGAUAGGAUUUGUUUGGCUUGGACUUUUUUCUUGAACCCUUUCUCUCUGCCCUAUUUUGUUAGAACUUUUCAAGACCUGGAACAGAAUUUCAGACCUUUUUCUGUGUGGUUUAGGUGCCUGAAUCUACUGUCAAAACCUGUGUUUUACUAAAAAGUUCUAUGUAACUCAAAGUACAAAUAAGGAAUGCAGAGCAGCCUAGGUUAAUUUCCAGAGUUUUUACUUUUAUCUGGAUGCUUUAUCCUCUUGACUAGUUGCAAAGAUUGAUUGCUCCUGUGAAUUACUCAUGAACUUGGCUUUUUGGAAGUGUACCACUUUUUGGAUGAUCGUAUGCCCAAACUGAGGAACAGUCGAGGGUUUUGCCAUGCAGAGAAAAUGCAUCAGCUGUUUCUGCUGACAGUAGAGUCUACUUAAAGUAUGUUGGGGUAAUGCAUUGAGAAAGUCGGUAGUUACUGGCAAGCAUUUGAUAAUAUUCCUAAAUGCCUUUUUGUUUGAAAAUUUUAGUUGUGUUUAUGGAGUUCUGUUAUGCAGAAUUUUAAUAAGCCUCUUGGUGCUUGGGUACAAGUAACUAGAUUUCCAUCAAAACAGUUACGGGUCACAUGCAGUCCUUGUGCUCCUCACUGGUUUCUGACUAACUGCAACUGAGGUGAUUUUGUUGGGGGCAAAGCUUGAUAUUAGAAGGAAGGGAGCAUUUUCAUAGUCAUGAUAAGCUGAAACUCCUAUAGGUUGUUGCCCAAACUGGAGUUCUAGCCUCCACCUUGUCUAGCACAAGCUCUUCUGGUUGCAUGGUGAGCUGGCUGAGUGCAGCUGAAAACUGGCUUCUUUGCUUAGUUGCUUUUCCACUGGAUUAGUUUCCUGAUGGUAAUCCUGCAGAUACUCAAAUAAGCAAGACGAGAUGCAAGGAAGAUGUGAAUCAAGCCCUAAGGCAGCUUCCCCUUUAAACUCUGCAUUUGGUUGAAAAUUGCACAAGAUUACAGCACAAGUUGGAAGAUCUCAGUGAAGUGCUUGCCGUCAUCAAUAGCAACAGGGAGCUGGUCUGUCUGGUAGCUUCUACCUGCCAAACAGUUUAUUAACGGAUUUUUGUCAGAUACUAUGGAGGAAGGGAAAAUAGUAUGCUCUACUGCACUGAGAUACCUUUUAUCUGUCAUAAUUUUGAGAUUUCCAAGCAGUGCACAGUAAUAGUAGUGGUGUAGGAACAGGAAUUAUGAAAUUGUAGUUUCUCUUGGCUCAAAACCCCAAGAUUGCUUAACAGCCAGGAAGAUGUACAGCGUUUUUGUGUGGGACUUGGUUUUUUUUCACCACGUGAACCCUUUAUAUAUCGAGGGGGCUUUGCAAGAAACUCUAUGCUUCUCCAGGUAUGAGAUGGAAGGGAGGGUUGUUAGGUUGCUCUCAUUUUGUUUUCCUGUUUUUAAGAAGUUCACCAGCUGAUUCCUAGGUAAUGCGACAGAGGUGCUGUGUUCCACAGGGUUGUAAUUUAAUGCCUGAAGGCUGUAGUAGUAAUGAUCACCUUAGUAUGCAAGUCCUUGGGUUACUUCUUGCACAGAAACACAGAAUGGUAGGGAUUGGAAGGGACUACAGAGAUCAUCUAGUCCAAGCCUCCUGCUAAAGCAGGUCCACAUAGAUCAGGUCACACAGGACCAUGUCCAGGCAAGUUUUGGAAACCUCUGGAGAAGAAAACUCCACAACCUCCCUGGGCAGCCUGUGCCAGGGAUCUGUCACCCUCGCAGUAAAGAAGUCUUUCCUGACGUUGAAGUGGAACUUUUCGUGUUCUGACUUUUGUCCACUACCCCUUGUCCUAUCACUAGAUAUUACAGAAAAAAGUGUUGACCCAUCCUCUUGUCAUACACCUUUUAAAUACUUGUAUUAAUGAUGUCCCUGUCAGUCUCCUCCAAGUUGAACGGCCCCAGUUCCUGCAGCCUUUCCUCAUAAGGAAGACGCUCCAAUCCCAUGAUCAUCUUGGUGGCCCUGCACUGGACUCCCUCCAGCACUUCCCCAUCACUCUUGAGCUGGGGAGCCCAAAACUGGACACAGGACUCCAGAUGAGGCCUCACCAAGGCAGAGUAGAGAGGGAGCAGAACCUCCCUUGACCUGCUUGCCACAAUCUUCUUGGUGCAUCCCAGUAUGCCAUUGGCCUUCUUGGCCACGAGGGCACAUUAUUGGCUCAUGGUCAGUUUAUUAUUAACCAGCACUUCCAGAUCUCUCUCUGCAGAGCUGCUCUUCAGCAGUUUGACCCCCCCCAGCCUGUACUGGUGCAUGGGGUUAUUCCUUCCCAGGUGCAGGACUCUGCACUUGUCCUUGUUGAACCUCAUGAGGUUCCUCUCUGUCCAACUCUCAAGCCAGUCAAGAUCCCGCUGAAUGGCAGCACAGCCUUCUGGGGAAUCAGCCAGUCCUCCCAGUUUGGUGUCAUCAGCCAACUUGCUGAGGAUACACUCUGUCCCCUCAUCCAAGUCAUUGAUGAAGAUGUUGAACAAGACUGGCCCCAGAACCGAUCCCUGUGGAACUCCACUGGCCACAGACCUCAAACUAGUCUCAGCUCCAUUGAUCACUUUUAUACUGUUAAGUCAUUGCAGUGGAUGUCUGGUGGUUAUAUCCCCUCUUCUCAUUGCUCUGUUUAGGAUUCUCUAAGCCUAGUUGUGUACACAUUAAGGAAUUUGGCAUGCUCUUCAGAAAUAAAAUAGAAACAACGCCAGAGAGUUUCUGGAUCAGACAUGCAAGAAAUAAGUGCAUCAAUAUGCUGGGUGUCAGCAGAACCCACUUAAUGGGUAGUGAAACACUUUAGGGUGAAUGCAUUCUGAUACAAAUUAUAUUGCAGUGUAGUGUUUUGGAUGUAGCUCACGUCCAGAUAGCAAGUGUCUUUCUCUCAGUGAGGUGGAACUGCUAUUAAGCAUCUACAGCCGUCAGUUCCCCUGUCGUGAAUGAUGCAUGAGGAUUUCUGGGCUGCAGAUGUAGUAGGCUUCUUUCUGCCUUUUAGAGAAGUUCUUUUGAUGUUGACAAGACAAAAGACAAACAGCUCCUAUUUCAGAUUCGAAAAAAAUAACAUGCUACUGAGUUUUGAAUCCAAUAUGCUUGCUUUUGAUCUCUUUCUGUGUGUCCUGUCACUUUUAUUUUAGGUUUCUGCAAACACUUUUAUCCAGCUCAAGGGUAGCAAAUCUGUGAUGUAAGUGCCAGAAGUGACAACUCCUUUUUCUUCUUUCCUUGUUUGAAACUUUUCGCAGAAUCAGAGCAGCUAGAGUGUAGCUUUAUGAUUUGAUAGCUUUUCAGUGUUCAUUCUUCGUCCUUAUUUAUUGUGGUUAAUGUUAAAGGUCAGCGACACAACACGGUUGUCACUUCUUCAUUCCCAACAUGAGAGUGUUAGGCAAUUUGAUAUACUGCGAUGAAAACAAAGAUAUCUAUGAGUAAGUCUUGACUGGUUUAUCAGAAAUUGGUAUUCCUGGAUGGUUUUGUUUUCCAUAUUGCAGUUCACUGUUACUGCCUUUCUCAUGUAGGAAACUGGGCACUUAAGACCUCUGCAUCUCUAGGCUGUAGUUUUGCUGUGCAGUUUGACAAAUUAAGGUCUAGACCUUGAUCUUUGUGUCUUCUUUACGUCGGUUAUAAGUGUCGAAGAAUGUACCUUGCGUUGUAAUUAACGGAUUGAAGUUCAGCCCACGGUGACAAAAAAUACCAUAAUGGGGUAGGAACUCCAGGCUAGAAGCCAAGCCAAGACUGUCCUGUGUUCUCACGUAGGUGAUUCCUCUUCUUUGUUUCUCAAUUAAUCAUUAUCUUUGUUUAUUGUAAGUUCUUUGUGGCAAGGGUUGUCUUUUGUGCGUGUGCGCCUGUGUGUGUGGAUCCAGGACAAUUAGGCCUGGAGCCCCAGUCUGUGGAAGCUGUAAUAAGCAAUCACCUUGUUAUUGUUUUCCUGGAUAUCAUAAUAAAGAGUAUCAAAUUAAAA